CCGUGCAGUUAAACAGUCAUGCGUCGUUAUUUAAAAGACGAUGCUCCGCUGUAUAAAGCCUAUUGUCAGUGUUCAACCUGUGCCUUGUGUGGAACUGAGCCAUUGUGUCUGUGAUUAGGGGUGAUCCUGAACUAUUCGCUGUCUCUACACUGUAAAUCCUGAUGUGGGUUCUCAAAAUCAGCCGGGCUACUGAGCGGUGACACAACAGAGUGUAUCACAAUACAGCAUGAGGGCUCGUCCGGUGGCCUAGAUUGGCCCUUUGUGUUGACGACUAACUGGGCCGUGUGUAGUGGUAUUCGGAAGCGAGGGGAGCAAUGGCUGACAGCUCGAAACCCAGUGAUGAAGCUGACGAGACUUGCCUGGCGGGAGAUUUCAUGUGUGCCGGAGAUCUGGUGAGGUUGCAGGUGGACAACAGAAACAUCUGCUGGUGUACAAAGGCGAGGAGAGGAACCACUGAAUUAACUAUACCAUGGCGUGACGUCAUCACGGUACACAGAGGACAAACAUCUUCAAAGGGCAAGGACACAGAGGACUUGAGAGUACUGGAGUGCUUCACCGUCCACUAUGUACAUCGACAGCCGGACAAAACAUGGCGCCACCGCCACAAGACCAUGGAGGGCAAGAAACACACCAUGCAGGAGUGGGUGGACGUCAUAGCCAGCAAGCUAGAGCUGACAGAUCGUCCCACGAGACUUCUUGUCAUAAUCAACGCCAUCGGGGGCAGAUGUCAAGGCCGCCAUAUUUACGAAACGAAGGUUGCUCCGCUGUUCGAACUGGCGGACAUACAGGCAGAUGUUAUUGUAACACAGAGGGCGGGCCACAUUGAAGAGAUUGGUCUGACGUAUGACUUCUCCGAAGUGAACGGCAUCAUCGUUGCGGGAGGUGAUGGUUCCUUUUCUGAGAUUAUCAACACGCUGGUUCCCAGGGUGCAGGUGGGCGACACGGACGUGAACAAUCACGCCGCCAAACUCUCCCCACUUCAGAUACCCAUCGGGAUACUGCCGACAGGAACGGGAAAUGAACUCUGCAAAAGAACGUACAACUUUAUUGACGUGGAAACAGUCGCCCUUCACAUUGUACAAGGCAGCACUGUUUGGAAAGAUUUGGCCAGUGUCCACGAGGAGGGUCGCCUGGUGGGUCUUGCCGGGGUCAUGGUUGCUUAUGGUUACUGGUGCCAUUUCGUCAAAGGUGCUGACCAAGCCCGGUGGUUGAAAACCCUCCGAUAUCCAGUUGGUGUUUUGACCAGCUUUUUAAAAAAGAAGAGAGAGUUUGACGCAGAGAUUGAAUAUGUUCUCUACGACAGCACAAGUAAUACCAGUGAGGCGGCAAGAACCUGCAAAGAUUGUGUACAGAUUCAAGGUCGCUUCACAGAUGUAAACUGUGUUCUGUCUCGCUUGAAUACAAACGAUAACGAGGCUAAGGCUCUGUACAAUCCUGGCGGCAUGACGCUAGUGACGGAAAUCUUGUCUGGAAACCUCCAGUUUGUGAAGUUCCUAUUGAAGCUCAACAGUAUGCGCAAAGACAGUUAUCUUCAAGACUUUAUCAAGAUGUACGACGUGACGUCUUAUAAGCUGAAGGUCGCAGAUACAGAUAACAAUGGCGGCACAUCCGGUGAUGGCGAGGACGUGGUACACCUCAUCCUUCUUGAUGGCGAGAUCAGAAGUCUCGACUCCCUGGAGCUGCAUGUCAGACAUCAACCCAACACCUGGAAACUAUUUUAUAGUCCACCCACGGAAGUAGCAGUGAUGGGACAGAAGCUGGAUUGAAAGCUGAUGGUACGGGUGACGUGGUAACGGGCGGAGUCACGGUGGAACACGUCAAGAAUAUAUGUUACAGUCAAUAGCUAAAUUCAGUCACUGAAAACGACUGAAAUCUGUACUGCGCCACAAUACUGCUUACCAAGCUUACAUCAUGAACCUGUUUCUUUUCAGACAUCAACCCAACACCUGGAAACUAUUUUAUAGUCCACCCACGGAAGUAGCAGUGAUGGGACAGAAGCUGGAUUGAAAGCUGAUGGUACGGGUGACGUGGUAACGGGCGGAGUCACGGUGGAACACGUCAAGAAUAUAUGUUACAGUCAAUAGCUAAAUUCAGUCACUGAAAACGACUGAAAUCUGUACUGCGCCAGAAUACAACUUACCUGAAAAUGUCAUUGAUAAUUUUAACAGAUUGACAGAUUCUACUUGUAGGUACAAAACCAUCACAAAAUUCAGAUAAGUAUAAUUUGCUUGUUUGCAGAUCCCUCCUCUUUAUGGAAAUAAAUAUGUUUAUAUCAAUCACAAAAUGGGAUUAAAUAUGAAAUAACUGACAGUUGACGAAAUGCAGGGCAAAUAAGAUACAGCUAGCCGACAGUGCUUCUGAUUUCUCUAUUUCUGGAAAAACGAGUUGCAGUGCUGCUGGUAUCUGUCUGGUACAACGAGUUGGUUGUGAUAGUGAUAUCUCUAUGUCGGUUCGUCCGUUUGAGGAUAAGUUAAUUGGUUAAUGUUAAUGUUUUUGUUUUUUCGAUGCUGUAUUUCAUGUACGGGUGAUAUUUUGGAAUAUUAUUGUCACCUAAAGAAAAUACAUAUUUUCAUGUUUGUUGGGUCGCUUUUUGCACUCGUAACAUUGUAUCUAAAUGUUUUGUCAGCUUGAAACUAAGAAUAAUUUCACGGAGCUGUGGGAUCUGCAGUGGUAUAUGAAGUAAUGGUUCAUAGGCAUUUGUUAUAUCAGUGAUACAAAAUUAUAUUUUUUUACACAUUGUAACAAUCAUCGGUCCUCAGAAUUUGCACAAAUGUUUUUCUUAUACUUGUAAUUCUAAAGUAUGACAUUUGGUUGUACUUUGAUCUCUAUAUUUAUGUGCACAUGUUUGUGUGAUGUUAAAGGGCAAGUUCACACGGAAAUGAACCUAUUUUUCAUGUACUUUUUCCACAUUAAAAGUGUUAACCUAGAAGUGUCAUAGACAAAAAUAUAAAAAUAUCACAAUUAAUCAACAUAAUU